CUCGCUUGCUUACUACAUGACUCCUUGCUGCUAUAAUAAGCCGGCAGAUCUGGUAUCCGACUUUCUCUCUACGUACAGACCAGCACAAUGUCGGCGAGCUCAGCAGACGCUCAUGAUGAGAAGACAUCUUCGCAUACCGCCAGCUUGAACGAGCACGACACCGGCGUGCCUGAUUUUGAGCCUGUGCCGAGCGAGAAGCUCGCGGAAGAAGGCAAGGCAGGCGCAGCACCAGAAAGAGACGAAGCAGCAAUCUUCGCGGCCGGCUAUGACAAGGGCUGGCGAGGGUGGGCCACAGUCGGAGGAGCCUGGGUCGUACUGUUCUGCACAUUCGGAUAUGUCAACGCGUUUGGCGUCUAUCAACAGUUCUACUCGGCAGGCUACUUGCACGAGAGCAACAGCUCGAUCAGUUGGGUGGGAACAGUCCAGCUCUUCUUCAUGUUCAGCUGUGGCAUGGUCGUCGGUAAAUUGUUCGAUGAGGGAUACUUCCGCGCACUUACAAUCUGCGGCUCGGUGCUGUACACAUUCAGUAUUUUCAUGCUCUCGCUCUCAAAGUCAUACGUCGAAGUCUUCCUUGCGCAAGGUGUAGCAGCCGGUCUGGGCCUCGGCCUCCUCUUCCUGCCAAGCGUCAGCGUGAUCGCCCACUGGUUCAGAAAGCGACGCGCUCUGGCGAUCGGGGUCGUCGUCAGCGGUUCGUCCAUCGGCGGUGUUUGCUGGCCCAUCUUCCUCAACAAGCGUCUCGAGAGGACCGACUUUGGAUCAGCUGUGCGCGAGAAUGCCUAUCUUAUCCUCGGACUACUCGUUAUUGCCAAUCUGCUCAUGAAGCCAAGACUUCCCGGCAAGAAGCACCGACCAGCAGGACUGCAGCUACCUCCGCCUGACUUCAAGGCGAUCUUGACCCACCCUGCUUGGCAAGUCGCGGUCGCAGGCACCUUCUUCGUCAUGUGGGGCAUCUUCUUUCCCUUCUUCUUCGUCGAAAUCUUCAGUCUCGACAAGGGUAUCGAUCAAAAUCUUUCAUUCUACACUCUGGCGAUCCUAAACAGCGCAAGCACCUUUGGGCGAGUGCUUCCCAACUUCACAGCGGACAAGAUUGGUGCAUACAACAUGAUGAUACCUUCCGUCGGCAUUACGGGCAUCAUGAUCUUCGUGCUGCUCGCGUGCGGCAGUCCUGGCGGCAUCGUGGCCUUUUGCAUCCUAUUCGGUCUAUUCUCUGGCGCUUUCGUAUCACUGAUGCCGAGCAUAUUCGUGGCUCUCUCCCGCCAUCCUGGAGAGAUCGGUGUCAGAAUGGGUCUAGCUUGGGCCAUUGUAUCUAUUGCAGCAUUGACGGGCGUGCCCAUCACUGGCGCCCUGCUAGGGUCGACAGAAUAUACAUUCUGGAAGCCGGUCGUCUUCUCUGGGACCACGGUAUGCUUCGGUACGUGCCUUAUGGCCGUCUCGCGCCAGCUCCGAUAUCGCGAGCUUGCUGCACAAGGCAAAGUCGACUGGCGGCUCUGA